AUGUUCUUCGAGUCCUCGUCGUCCGAGUCAGCCAUAUCUUCUGAGCCCGCCGCUGAGCAGCAACCACUCCUCCAAGAUGGACAAAACAGGAGAACCGUGGGCGAUGGGCUUUCCGGUCCAGGGCUACGACCAAAACCCGCUGAGCACAUAGCUCUCAAGGUCGUUGCGGUUAUGUAUUCUUGGUUCACCACGGGGAUGCAUGUCGCUUCUGUCGGGGCCCUUCUGCCGCUGAUCGAAACAUACUAUGACAUCAAAGAUGCUGCUGCAGCGGUCAUAUUUCUUGUGGCGGUUUCGGGAUACCUCGUCGGCACCUCCCUUGUUCAUACUGCUCACGUCAACUUUGGGUGGAGAGGAGUCUCCAUUCUAGCAGGAAUUUUUCAUGUUGCGGGCGGCGUCGUGCUGUGGAGCCAGCCGUCCUAUGCAAUAAUAUUGGCUGCUUACCUCCUUGUGGGCGUUGGGACGGGGUUCUGUGACUCGAGCUUCUGCACCUGGGCAGCCAGUGUUCGCGAAGCAGACAAAAUCUCAGGACUCAUCCACGGUUCAUACGCAUUAGGAUGCGUGACUGGCCCUAUCAUUGUUGCUGCUCUUGAGAAGGCGGCACUCGGAUGGCGAUCGUUCUACUUGGUGACGCUGGUCGCAUUUGCGGUCGAGGCUGGUGCCAUAUUGAUCGCCUUUCGCCAUGAGAAUGCUGCUAAGCACUGGGCUAGUACCUGCCCCAAGGAGAGUUCCGACAUUGGAUUUGCCGGUAGCUGGAAACCGAUUUUCAUGUGCAGUUUGUACUGCUUCGUCUAUGUGGGCAUUGAAGCAUCCCUGAGUGGCUGGCUCACGAGCUACAUGAUCCGCAAUCGACAUAUGUCUCCCUCUAUCGCUGCUCUCGCAACUUCGCUAUUCUGGGUUGGGAUGGUCUUGGGCCGAUUCUCUCUGGGUCCUCUUGCCAGAUUAGCAGGCCUUCGAUUGACAGUAAUCGUCUUUGUCUGCACGUCUGUCGGCUUACAGGUUCUUUUCCGGUUGCAGGCGAGCCUGGCAUUAUCCUUGUGUCUCGCAGCCGGAAUUGGCUUUGUCGCUGGACCUAUUUUCCCUUCUGGAAUUCUAACCAUGACAAAGAGGCUGCCGAAAAGCAUUCACGUACGAGCUGUUGCUCUUACUUGUGCGAUUGGGCAGCUUGGAGGUGCUGGUGCGCCGUUUGUCAUUGGAGUUGUGGCGCAGACUUCAGGGAUUGAACGCUUGUUCGACGUGGUGCUUGGGCUAUCUCUUACCCUGCUGCUUGUAUGGCUUUGGUUCUCUCGGCCUCUAGCCAUCGACUGCGUGGAUGAAUGA